AUGGUUUCCAGCAUCGCCUUUUCUUCGUCUUCUUUCUCCGGCAAGAAACUUUCUCAACAGAAUUCAGUAUUUAGAAGAAGACAGUCAACCGUGAUCAAGAAAGCUCAGGAACUCUCCACUCUGUGUGGAAUCGAUGUCUGUGUCAUAUGUUAUGGUCCCGAUGGAUCUCUUCAGACAUGGCCCCAAGACAUCGACAAGAUUAGGGACAUUGACUUCAAGUACAGAUCGCUCGACGACACCCUCAGACGCAAGAGAAGCUUGAAUCUUUCCUCCUUUCUUAACAAGAUUGAGCACAGUCAUGGUCACGAUUCCAUGGAUCUGACGAUUAAGGUUGAUGGGUUCUCUUCUGAUCGGUUUUCGGAGUUGGGUGGUCUCUUGGAGAGAAAUAUACUCUGUCUGAAACAAAGGCUUACGUUUAUUGAAUCGGAGAAAUACAAAACCGCGGCUAAUAAGAAGAUCGACGAUGUCCAAAUCAGUAGUUCUUGCCAGUCGAUCUUUGGACAGACUCAAUCUGUGAAUCUCCCCAUAAACCCUAGAAUAUUUUUUGGGUUUGUCAUGGACGAACAGAAUGCAGCAGCGAUGUUGGGUGGGAAUGCAUUUCCAGACAACGGAUGCAACAAUUCUCCGCAAUACGCGUACUACAAUCCAGGUUUUAACAGGACCAUGAUUCCAGAGAGGAGGAGGAGGAGGGUGAUUCAGCAAAAUCUGAUGAUCAAUGGCUGUGGGAGCGGAGGCGCCUUGCAGCGGUUUAGAGUUUCUAAGAAGGGGGAUGGGAGGUGA